AGGCAGUCAUGAUACAUAAACUGGGCAAAAACAUCAUUUUUGUGCGUCAUCUACACUUUUUAUCAUUUUUUAAAAAAAAAUCCAAUUCUUUCUCUAUUUACAACAAUUUUGAAUGGAUAGGUAUUCACGAGGAUACGACGAGCGUUAUAGAGGAUACUAUGAUCGCCCUCGGUCUGAUACAUAUAGACCGGGUGAAAAUUAUAGAUCAGAGAGGGAUUACAGAGAUGGUGGCGUAAGGGGUGGACGGAAUUAUUCUCCCAAUCCUCAUUACUCAUCUGGCAAUGGAAGAGGUGGUGGUAAUAGUGGCAAUGGCAAUGACGAUAGAUAUAGCUAUUCGGAUUCAAGACCAUACUAUCCACCUUCGAGAGGCCCAUCACCUUCUCGAUCCGAUUCUAGAUCGCCAAGACGUCCAUCGUAUGGCUAUUAUCGUUCCGGGCCUUCGUCUUCAUACCCAUACAACCCCAGAAGAUCGCCUUCACCUUCCAACGGUGGCCGCAGUGGAAGUUCAAGUAGAAGGGAUUCUUAUGAUCAUCGUCCAUACCAUAGUUCACCCAAUUACCCGUCGUAUCCAUAUCACAGAAAUAGUAGUCCUUACCCACCUUAUUCUGCGAGAAGACAUUACCAAGGCCCUCCUCCUUCAUUUCCUCCUUCGAAUAGCAGUGGUUAUCAUAGCCGAGAGAAUUCUUCAGGCCCUUCUUCUCUGCAACAACACCAACCCCCGCCUCCACAACAGCGAUCAAUUCACUCCACACCUACUUCAACUGCGCCUAACUCGCCGGGACAUUAUAAUCACCCUCCGGCGCAAUCCCUUACACCGUCUACACAAAGCCAACAACAAUCUAAUGAAAACAUGAGCAGUUCAACCACUACAUCUGCCAUGAAUACCACUUCUUCUAUUGCCACUAACCAUCCUCCACCCCCACAACAGCAACAGCAACAGCAACAGCAGCCACCACCUCCAUCUGUAAACACAAAUUAUCCUCCAUCUUAUCCUUAUACAACGCCUUCUGCUUCAUCUUCGUAUCCAGGUGGGAAUACGGGAUCUAAUGCCCCAUUGAGACCUCAUCACCAUAAUCAUCAUCAUAACUCUCACUAUAAUAGUAGUUAUCAGUCCCAUCAUUCUUCUCCCUCUGUCGCUAUGCCUCCUAUAAGACAGAGAGUAUCUUGGGCUCCUGAUCAAGAAAAAGAGGUUGAAAGGUAUCAUAAUGAUCAGCGCAAGCUAUGUGAAGAAGAAAACAAAAUUUUGAUAGCGUCUCGUAAAAGUCGCUUUGAGUUAGAGCUAGCAAAUUGGGAUACUAGAAAAUUAGAGCAUCAAUUGGAAUUGGUACAAAAACAAUGGGAAGAGAACGGGAUGGAAGAUUUGAUUCGAGAUGAGCUAAAUUCAAGAUUGCCAGGUAGAACUGCUCAUACAACAACUGUUCGUACAGUGACAGUAACGACCACGAACACCCAAAUUUUGUAAUCAUUUUUUUAAUGCAGCAUAAAAAGUGUAUAUAAUAAAGUUAUUUGUAAGAGAAAUACACA